AAAAAAUCAAACAAGGGAAAAAAAAAUAACUUUUACACUCUUAAAUAAAAAAAAUGUCAUCAUACCCAUUAACAAAACUUUAUAUAGCUAAAUUCUCUAGCAAAACCACUCGCCGUGAUAUCGAAGACCUAUUCAGUAAAUACGGAGACCUAUACGGCUGCAAAUUAAACGAGCGUGAAGGCUAUGCUACAGUAACAUACAAGUAUCCCGAAAAUGCCGAUAAGGCAAUCUAGAAAUUAAAUAACACUGAAAUUCUUGGUGGAAAUCUUUUAGUAGAACACACAUUAAAAAAAGGAAGAACAAAUGACGGAAAUGGUUCUUCAUAUAAUAAAUACGACGAUAAAUAUAGAGAUAGAGGUGAUAGAGGUGAUAGAGGUGAUAGAGGUGAUAGAGGAGAUAGAGGAGAUAGAGGAGAUAGAGGAGAUAGAGGAGAUAGAGAUAGAGGAGAUAGAGGAGAUAGAGGUGAUAGAGGCGAUAGAGAUUAUAGAGAUUAUAGAAGCAGUCGAUAUGAAAGAGAUAGAGAUUAUGGCAAUUCUAGAAGAGAUUAACCUUUUAGAUUUGAUAAGGAAAAAUUCAUUAAAGGAGGACUUUGUUUCAAUUGUAGUGAAAAAGGACAUAUAGCUAGAGAUUGUCCAGAUGCUAAAUAAGGAAUUUAUAGAGGAAAAACAUAUAAUGGUGACAGAUAUAGAAGAGGAAGCUAUACAAGAAGGAGUAGAAGUGGAGAAAGAAAAUAUAAAAGGUCUAGUAGUAAAGAUAGUAGAGAUAAAAAGAGAAGAAAUAAAACAUCGAAAAGAAGUAGAUCAUCUUCUUAUUCUAAAAGCAGAAGCGAUUCGAAUAGAAAAGAUAGAUAAAGAUCAAGAAAGGCUAAAAGUAGAAUAUCUUCUUCUUCUUCAAGCUCGAAGAGUAAAUCAGGGUCUAAAUCUAAUUCUAGAAGUGUAUCUAGAAGUGUUGAGAAAAAUAAUGAAACUAAUAAUAAUAAUACUAAUAAUAAUAACAAUAAUAGUAAUAAUAAUAGAAAUGAAAAUAAAUAAGAUAAUGAAAAUAACUAGAAGAGUAAAUCUGUUUCAAGUGAAGGAAGAUAAUGA